CGACGUCAAAGACGUAGGCAACAUGGCUGCUCCCUGCUAGUUGAAGUGUUUCCCUUGAAUUUUUAUCUGUUUGUGCAAAACUUUCAUUUCUGAACGAUGAUUAACACCGAGAAAACGUUCCCAUCUGUUGAAGAGCAAGUACAGGACGAGAUGGAAGAAGAAGACAAGGAGGACGACGAAGAGGAAGGAGCCACAAGCUCAGAUGAUAAUAAUAAUAAUAAUAAUGAGGAGGAGGAGGAGAAGGAUGAAGAGGAAGCAGGAGGUGAAAAGGAAGCAGAACCGUCGUCUGCUGCGGAGGAAAAGAAGCCCUCCGAUGUCCUGAAUCUAAACAACGAGGUGGUGAAGAUGAGGAAGGAGGUGAAGAGGGUGAAGGCUCUGCUCAUCAGGAAGCUCACUCGUCAGAUUGUCGCCUUGAAGAAGAAGAAGGGAAAGGAGGCAGAGAUGGAGAGGAAUCAGAGGAGAGCUGCGAGGCUGCUGGAGGAGGUCCACAGCAUGAAGAAGCUCCCUCCAGACGGGGUGACCAAGACGGCCUUGCGAAAGAACCUCAACUUUGAGCGUGUUUGCAAAAACCCCAAGUCGACCAUGUUAGACAGAGCCGUAGCACGCAUCGCCAGCCACCCUCAGUUCAGGAAGAAGAUCGAGAGCAUCAGAGCCGCCGUCAAAGACUUCAGAGAGGAGCGCAACAAGGCCAGAGAACAGGGGGAGCACCCGAAAGGCCAGAGGCGACCAGAAAAAGCCACCCAGCUUUCACCAGACACAAGACAGGACAGGAAAAAUGAGGAUGAAGACAAAGACAAUCCUUUGAACCAACAAGUGGAAGACAUUAAGGAAGGAGCAGAUGUCCUUAAAAGUGCUAAGACAUCAGUUGUACAAUCACCUGCUACCUCUGAUGUUCACAAGCAAGAGAAGCCAGAGUCUACCAGUGCUAAAGCUACUGUAGUUAAAAGCAGCAUGAAGCCUAAGCCUCAAAGUAAACACGAGGAGAAGAAUUCCCGUCUUCAUUCUGUUCCUGAAUUAGCUCUCGAAAGCGCAGAUGAAGAAGAGAGCGACGUAGAGUCGUCGGACGACGAAGAGAAGGAGUACUUCGACGACAGCACGGAGGAGCGUUUCCACAAGCAGUCCUCCGCGUCAGAGGAGAGCGAUGAAGACGACUUCUUCAUAGGGAAAGUUAGCAAAUUCAAGAAGAAGAAGAAAAAAGAGACGAGCGGCGAAGUGGAGGUGGAUAAAGAACGGGAAGGGAAAAAAGAUCCCGGCGACCCGAAAUCCGACAAACUCCAGAGUGAACUGGACGAGCUGCAGUCCAGGUUGAAGCCCAAACCCAUGACAGUUCAGUCUGUGUUCUGCUCGUCGCUGGCCGGAGGUAAGGGCAGACGGGGUGGCGACAAAGGGAAAGGGACGGGUAAACCUGGAGCUCCGGGGAACUCCAAAACCGUCAGAGGUCUAAAUGAUGGAGGCUCUGGCAAAUCAAAGUUCAGAAAGCAGGAGAACAGAACUUCAAAUUCUGGGGCCAAGUUCGGCAAACGCCCCGAGUCGAACAGAAAAGAAUCUGGGUCUGCCGGGAGAGGAAGAGGCGAAGAUGUCCGAAGGCAGAAGGACAACAGGGGGGGAGGCUUCCUCUCCCAUCAGCCGCCACAGCCGGCGCUCCAUCCAUCAUGGGAGGCCAGCAAGAAGAGGAAGGAGCAGCAGGGACAAAUCCUGGCAUUCCAAGGGAAGAAGAUUAAAUUUGAUGAUGAUGAUGACUGAAGGAAUAGUUUUAGAACUGAAUAAAUUUAGCCUUCAGGAAUGUAUUUUGGUUGCGGUCAUCUUCUGUUCCUCCUAGAUACGAAGUCUAUUGCUUAGACGCUUGUCAUUUGUUCAAGCGUAGAUUCAAGACGGUGUGUUGAGGCCGUUGUGAACGUCUUUGUCUUUAGUGAUAAAACUUAAAUCUUAAGAUGCUUGAGACGUCAGAAUAUGACGG